AUGCUGUCAAAUUCUUUCUCCGGUAGCUCCAAGAAACCAUAUUAUAUGAGAAAUAUUAACAGAUUACUUUCUAGAUUUGAUCGCACACAAAUCUAUGAGAUAUUGGAAUACUUCAUGUUAGAAAAUGUCGAAUACGGCCGUGGGCGCUACGCCCCUACACCAGAAUUUGCUAUAUGUGCUAUUCUUUAUCACCUAGCCUGGCCUACAAGGCUUUACGAAUCGCAGCUCCUAUUUGGCCGCUCUGCCACAUAUAUAUCGGUCGUUUUGAAGCUUAAUUUGAGAUAUCUAGCGGUUCGUUAUAACCAUAUCCUUGACUGGCACCCUUCCUUGACGUAUGAGCGCAUGGCCACUCACGCCAGCAGCCUAGAAAGGGUCUCUAGGAGUGCCAUACGGAUUUGGGGGUUUAUUGAUGGCACUUUUCGUGAGAUAUGCCGACCAAUCAGGGAUCAGGAAAUAUUUUAUAAUGGCUAUGGGGGUGCACAUGGCAUCAAAUAUCAAGGGAUUGUGGCACCUGACGGCCUUAUCCUUUCUCUUCACGGGCCUUUCCCCAGCUCCAUGCACGAUAUUACCAUGUAUCGGUCCUGCGGGCUUCCCGAGAAGCUUCGUGAAAUAAUGAAACAACGAGAACAGCUAUUUUUAUAUGGGGAUAUUGCCUACACCAGUUCUUUCCGAAUUAUUACUCCAUACAAGGCCACGAGACCUCUUACGCGCGAGGAGAAGCGGCUCAAUAAGGUGCUGUCAAGCGACCGGAUAGGGAUUGAGAAUGCUUUUGGCCCGAUCAACGUGCCUUAUUACAGCCUGUGGCUCUUCAUUAUCGAAUAUCUAUUUUACUAA